UUGGGUGGGCUCCGGCGGAGGGGCUGCAUGCAUGUGUUCUGCACCGUACGGCCGGAAAAAGCGCCCGAGAUCCGCAGGGAGCAUCUUCCCCAUCAGCAAAGGGGCGCAGGCGGAGCCGGAGCGGCGGGAGAGCACGGAGGCGGCCGUGGACGACAGCAGGAUGACUGUUCAGGAAUUCAACACCUUGGUGGCUCUGUACCGGGAGCAGGUGAUAUCUGUGGGGGAGAUCUCUGUGGACUGUCAGGCACUGCGGGCUCAGAUGCACCAAACCCGCUCCAAAGGCUGCUCCAUGGCCCGGGCUGCGCACCAGGACCUGGCCAUCAUCUCUGGAUCAGGGCCGGAGGACGGAGAGAUCCAUCCUGAAAUCUGCCGUCUCUUCAUCCAGCUGCAGUGCUGCCUGGAGAUGUUCAUAACGGAGAUGCUCAAGUCCAUGUGCCUGCUGGGGGUGCUGCAGCUUCACAGAAAAACAGGAACAGACCAGGAGCCGAGAGUCGACUUCAGGAUGGACGAGAGCUCUGAUGUCCCCAUCCUGGAGGACAGAUCCUCGUCUCCCAUCGAUUACCCUCAGGAGGCGUGGCUGGUGGGAAUCGACAUUGAGAACAUAGAAAGCUUGAUGCUGCUGAUGCUCCUCAGCUGCAUAUCGGGGAGCCUGGCCUGUCACUGCGACCGUUACCCCUGGACCUCCUGGUCCAUCUGCACCACAACCUGCAACUACGGCACUCAGAUCAGAAGCAGGAGGCCUCCUUCUGGUGAUGAUUCUUAUUAUUGGAAGAACAGCUGCCAACAGCUGUGUGCCAAAUUUGAAUCAAGGGCUUGUAACGAGCAGGCUUGUCCGAUUAACUGCAUUUUGUCGGAGUUUACCCAGUGGUCCGACUGCUCGCCCUGCGCCAGGAAGCAGUUUCGGACUCGGUCUGUUGUGAGACCUUCACAGUUCGGUGGAUCGGAAUGCAGCGUGGAACUGACCGAGGAAAGGCCUUGCUAUCCUUCCAAAGAAUGCCAGUUACCGUCUGUGGACUGCAGAGAUGACUUCAAGUGUGACAACGGGCGAUGCAUUAACUCCACACUGACGUGCAACGAACAGAACGACUGUGGAGAUAACUCAGAUGAGAGGGAUUGCAAAACCUUUAAAGUUGUCUGUCCUGACAAGAGAGUGGCUCCCGGGGCUGAUCUGGUUGGAAAUGGAUUUGAUGCACUGGCAGAAGAGCCAAGAGGUGUGGUGCUGGACAACAUGUUCAUGGGAGGAAGCUGCGUCAUCAGGCGGCCCCAAAGCACGCUUCUCUACCAUCGAGUUCCACACAACUUUGAAACCUUUGACAUUAAGGUUGGAGUGCUGGAAGACUUUAGCACUGAACCCCAGGAGGUGGUCUCUGAGUCCGUCGAGAUAAAGAGAACGAGGCAAAGUGAAACCGGGAGCCAUGAUCCACGUGGCUCUCUGUUUCUUCUCAUUCUUUUCCAUAGUUCUUCUGGUUCACGUCUUACUUCCAACAAGUUUGCAUUUGAGGCUUCAAAGAAAAAGGACUCCAAGUUUUUCCGAGUGCACCAAGUUCUACCGAUUUCUACAUUUACAGUAAAGGAGCCACAGGACCUCGUCCUUUCUCUGCCAUUUCAGCAGUUCCUUCACGCUCUCCCCCUGGAUUACAACUACGCCCUCUACAGGGAAAUCUUCCAGCGCUUUGGCACACACUACUACAGCUCAGGAAAACUGGGAGGCCACUAUGACCUGCUGUACCAAUACAGCCGAGAGGAGCUCAAAAGUUCAGGUGAUAGUGAUGAGCGCAUUUCAGGCUGUCUGAGUCGUGAAACCGGCUGGACUGUAAUCCUGUACAGUGAAUACAGCAGCAUGUCCAGAUGCACCAACAACAGGAUGACUGAGAAAUAUCAAGGCUCAUUCAUCCAGGCCUCAGAGAAAUCCUUCUCCAUGGUGAAAGGAGGUCGAGUUAGGGAGGCGGAAGCUCUUACCUGGGAAAGAGAAGGCUCUGCUCCAAACAAGACAUCCUACAAGAACUGGGCCAAGUCUGUGCUCGAAAACCCUGCUUUGGUGGAUUACAAGGUGUUUCCGCUCAUAGACCUCGUACGUGGAAUUCCCUGUGCUGUCACAAAAAGGAGGCACUUGAGGAGAGCUCUGUUACAAUACCUGGAAGAGUUUGAUACCUGCAAGUGCGCCCCGUGUCCCAAUAAUGCCAGGCCAGUUCUCUCUGGUACCGAGUGCAAGUGUGUUUGUCAGACAGGAACUUUUGGAACCAACUGUGAGAAACGAGCGUCUGAUUACACAUCAGAUGCAGUGGAUGGUUACUGGAGCUGCUGGGGGCCAUGGAGUAGCUGUGGAGCCUCUAUGAGGAGACAUCGAACUAGGAAAUGCGACAACCCUGCUCCCCUCAGUGGUGGCCAACCCUGUGAUGGUCCAAACAAACAGGAGGAACCGUGUCAUAUCUCUCUUUUUGAAAGACAAGAAUCCUGUGACAAUGACGAUGACUUCACAGUGGGAUGGAGGGAUGAGCUGCCCCCUGGGGUGCAGGGCUGUUUGAGGCCCCAGAGACCACCCAACAGUUUCCUCAGGAAAGCUAAACAGUAUUACUCCUUUGGCGAGGAUGAGGAGUUCCAGUGCUUCACCGGAUUUGAACUUGAGGGUUUCCAGUUCAUCAACUGUCGUCCUGAUGGAACCUGGAGUGAACCGACAGGGAGAUGCAUCAGGAGGCUCUGUGUUGCUCCCGAGGUCCCAGAGAACAUGGAGCUGUUUCCAUCCAUGGCAUCGUUCAGAGUGGGCGAACGAAUUGGUUUCAACUGUAAAGAGAAAGGCCUGAUGCCGAUGCCACGCGGCCUGUACAGGUGCAGCAGUAAAAUGACCUGGGAGCCCCCACUGCCUGAAGACCUCCGCUGCACUGAUGAGGAACCAUUUGCACCUGAUGUUCGGUGUGGACCGGGGCAGAGACAACAGGGAUCACAAUGUGUCUGCAUAGAACGGGAGAGCUGUCUUUCACAGUCGGAGAGUGUGUGCAUCCUGAAUGUAAACUUGGAUGUAGCCGUGUCGAUGUCGCCCUGCUCCUUCCUCGCCGGCCGUUGCCACGGUGACCCACUCUUCUACAUCACUGAUGGCGUGUGCGACUCUGUUGAUCCUUCAAAACUGGAGUGGGCAAAGUUCAGAGCCAAGAUGUCUCUUAGGAGUUCUUUGCACGUUCCCUGCGACCUGGACACCUGCUUCGACUGGGAGACCUGCUCCGCCACUAAAAAGUGCCAGUGUAAAGCUGCUCGAGACUGUCCCAGAACAUCGGACCACAUGUUCUGCGUGAAGCUGAAGUCCACAAUGUUGGUCCGCAGCAUGAGCCUCUGCGCCAUGGCAGCUAUCAGAUGUAUCGGACAUGAGUUUGAAAUCCUCAAUGAGGGUGUUUGUGAAAGCAGAUGAUGGCCCAACUCCAGUUUUUAUUUACCUAAAAGUGAUCUUUUAUAUAAAAGGGAUAAAAAUACAUUUUAAUGUAGCUAGAUAUGAUAGUUUGUCUUGUGUUUCACUGUGAACCUUUGAUGGACUGGCGACCUGUCCUGGGUGGACCCCUCACCCAGAGAUCGGUCAAUAAAGAUAGUCCUGGCAGCAUUUCCAUUUGACUAACUACAUGUUAUUUUUACUUACUUGUGCAUUAAAAGUUAUUAUUUAAAAACUGUA